AGUAUCGAGUUAGGCGUGAUUUGUUCAUGGUGGAAUAAGAACACACUAUAGAUAUCUCUCAUUUUAUUAUCAUCCCUCUCUGCACUUAGGAUACCUCUUCAAGACGCCAUUUCAUAUAGUCGACCGUCCAGAUUUUCAGCACCACCCAAAGAUGGGAGUACUGACGGAAGCACUUUGGCCUGAUCUGUGCUUCCUCCUUUUCGCCUUCUGGACUAUGGCCUAUGUAUACGCUUCACGGCACUUCAACUUCUGGAUCAAGCAAGAUGUUCCUUACAUAAAGCCCCUGCCUUUUCUCGGUAACUUUGCGGACAUCGUCCUGUCGCGCUUGAGUGUGGCCCAGCUGCUCAAGAAAGUAUACGAGGAGCACGGGCACCAGCCGUAUGUGGGCAUGUUCGCCUUCGAUCAGCCGUUCCUUCUCGUGCGGGACCGUCGUCUGGUGAAGCACAUCUUGAGCACCAAAGUCUCAGGCGCCUGGGACUGGAGCAGUGCUGAUUGUGACCGGUGUCCCCUGGGACCCAGAAACAUAUUUGGCGUGAGUGACGAGCGAUGGAGAGUAACAAGAAGCAGAUUAAUACCCACAUUCACAGUUGAUGAAAUGAAACAAAUGUAUCAUCUCCUAAAUGAAAUUUCCAUAGAUUUUGUGUCUUCAUUUGAGACAAGUGUUUUAGCAGGAAAGCCUGUGAAGGUGCAAGAAACAUUGACAGAACAUACAGCACAUAAACUUUCCAAGUGUAUAUUUGGAGCCCAGGGUAAUACACAGAAUGUUCCACAAUCCAUUUUGAAUUCUCAGCUUUUUGAUAACAGAAGACCUUCUGUCAUCCAAGGAAUAAAAUAUGCUGCCACUUUUGUCAUGCCUUUUAUUAUGAAGCCCUUUGAAAGCAGUGAUGGGGAUACAGGAUUUGAAUCAGAAUUGGGUAAAACCAUUGCAGACAAUUUUUCAAAUCGUGAAAAACAUGGUUUAACACAAGAUGACUUCCUGGAGCUUCUGAUACAGAUAAAAAAUAGGAGACAUGUUUCUAAUGUGAAUGAGCCAACUAGGAGAAGGAAGCAAACUGAAAGCUACUCAAGGAAUUCCAAGCCUGAAGAACAUCAGUUGGUGGGCCUGGACUGUCUGUCUCUAUUGGAAGACUUCAGUAUAUCAUUUCACAUAAUUAAUUUCACACUGUAUCACUUGGCACUCAAUCAAGAACUGCAGUCAAGUAUGAGGACAGAAGUUCAAAAAUAUAACACUUCACCUACAUAUGAGACUGUGGUCAGUAUGAAGCAACUGGAUAUGAUUGUAAAAGAGACAUUGCGCAUGUAUCCAGUCUUUGGCUUUUUGGGGUGUAAGACUACAGCAGACUGCAAACUGCCUGGAACUGAUGUAACAAUCCCUGCUGACACAUGGGUUGCAGUUUCUGUUUGGGGCCAGCAUAUGGAUACAGCAUUUCAUCCUAAUUCAACUACUUACAACCCUGAACGCUUUUCUGAGAAAGAUAAACUGCAUAUUGAAGAAUAUACAUACAUGCCAUUUGGAGUCAGGAAGAAUAAUGAUACAGGAAUUAUGUUGGGUAUAAUGCACAGUAAAAUUGCUCUUGUGCAUGUUUUAUCAAAGUACUCCAUUGAUAUCUGUGAAGAAACUCCAGAAAUACUGAAUCUCAACAGCACAUACUUCUUAAGAAAUGCAGCCAAUGGGAUUCCUCUCAAAUUAAGGAAAAUCUGUUGAGAUCUCAGUCAUAAUGGACAAAAUCCUCAACACUGAAUGUAAGUGCGACUCUAAGAUGAGUGUUUCCACAAAAAAACUGCAUGAAAAGAAUUGCCAUCAUGAACACUGGAGUGGAAUUGUUCAGUGAAGUCAAGAAGGGCUGGCUGUUGAAAGUCUGAAGAAAGAAGUAACUUACUGUCGACAACCGUGCAGGAAGUUUGAAACUACAGUUGUGACGAUGUAUAUUAAUGUUGUUGACAAACUGUGUGUGUUCUACAUUCUUGCCCAAUUCAUCUAUCUAUUGUGGGAUUCUUUCCUUCCGUCCUUCCACCUCCUCCUCCUCCUCCAUCUUCAUCUUCAUCUUCAUCUUCAUCUUCAUCUUCUUCUUCUUCUUCUUCUUGCACCAAAAAAAUUGGAAAGUUUUAUUUUGUGGACAAAGGACAGUGUAAUCCAAUUGAGGAGCAGAUUCAAUAAUAUGGCAGGAGUUAAGGAAACCAGUACAAAGUAAAGCAUGUCUUUCUGCACUAUGUUCAAAAUUAUAUUAUUGUAUUGUAUUGGUUCUCUAACAUACAGUAGCAGUAUGUGCAUCACAUACUGGACAAGUUUAGCUACAUACAAGGAAAGUACAAACAUAUAAGAUCAAGGCAAUAAGAUAGCUGCAGUAUUUCUAGGUGCCUGAAAAGAAUUUGACUUAGUAACAUAUCCAACCCUAUAAAUGAGAGUACAAACCUGUGAAGUAUCAACCAAAAUUUAUGACUGAAUUGAGGAUUUCUUUGUAUUGAGGGCACAAUGUAGCAUCAGCUUGAGGCAUGCCUCAAGAAAGCAUGUUGUGACACUUAUUGUUCACAGCAUACACUAAGAGCCUGGCAGACAAUAUUAACUGCAACCUCACAUUGUUUGCAGAUGAUGCAGUUAACCAUAAUUAAAUACUAAAUGAAAAAGGCUGCACAAAUAUUCAGUCAGAUCUCAAAAGAACUUUGAAGUGGUGCAAAGAUUGGCAACAUGCUUUAAAUAUUCAUAAAUGUAAAACUAUGCACUUCAUGAAAUACAAAAAAGUAAUAUCCUAUGA